UAAGUCUCGCGAGCUUCCGGCAGCCGUUCACAGUAAACGCAGUUCGCAACACGAACAUAACGUAACGUCAUGUUAACGGUAAAAAUAUUCAUCAGUUUGCUGGCCCUUUUGGCGCUGGCCAACGCAGAACGGCAGAUGCAUCAUCUGCGGCAUUUGCUGUCGGGUCACAUUGAGGAUGGUCACGUUGAGGAUUUGGCCAACUCCAAAUCAGUGCCAAACAUUGUGGAGCGUGCAAUGCUGAGGGUCAAGCCUGAUCAGACAGAUGGCGAAAUAUCGUCACGCAUUAUUGACGGCUUCGAUGUGCAGGGUGUGGAUAAUGCGUCCUACCUCGUCUCACUCAGCCUGACCAGGCUGACCUACACACACCAGUGCGGCGGUGCAAUAAUUGGCAAGCGUUGGGUUCUCACCACGGCGCAUUGUGUCCUGGAAUUGCAGAACUUCAACGGCGGCCUCAUUGGCACUCCCAUAUAUGCCGGACUCUCGAAUCGCAAGAAUGUGGGUGAGGCACAGGUGCGAUACGUGGACUUUGCCUCGUCGCAUCGUUCAUUCAGUGGGAAAGCGGGCAGCGACAAUAUUGCUCUGUUGCAUGUCUCUGAGUCAUUUGUCUACUCGGCACGUGUGCAACAGAUAGCAUUGCCCGAUUUGUAUGACGACUACAGUGGCAAGUUGGCCACCGUGUACGGCUGGGGAUUGACCGAUGUCGAUGGCGAUGCAUACUCCAAGGAGCUGCAAUAUGGUUUCGCCACGCUCCUCAAUAGCAUUAGUUGCGCGGAGUUGCUGCCAACGGAUGCACCACUGUCCACAAAUCAGGUGUGCGCUCAGGUGAACGCCUGCUACGGGGAUGGUGGCACCCCGUUGGUCUACUGGCCAAAGGAUGGCGUUGCUGAGCUGGUUGGUCUUGGAUCGUGGAGCUAUAUGCCCUGUGGAUAUGCCAAUCGGCCGUCGGUGUUUACCUCGGUGCCUUCCUAUGUGAAUUGGAUCUACCAGGUGAUCAGCGCCUACUAUCAGCUCAACUAGAAGUCACUAAUCUGUAAAAUAAUACUCUAAUAAUACACUUGUCGUAAAUUAAAGCAAACAAUCGCUAUCUAA